UGAACCCUUGGAUCGAUUUGCUCGGCCAUGUCCGUUACUGCAUCGAAUCGUAUCGUCUGAUUCACGGUUUCCCUUUUUUCUCGCUUCAGCUCAUGUGCAUAAUGGAUAAUACACCACCUCUCAAGCUUUCGUCUCACCAUUGAUUUAUUUAUUUUUUCUUUCAUCCUCCUCAGACUGAGGAAAGCUCUUCCAAAGAGUCGUUGAACUCACGUGGGAGGUCUUUUGGAGCAAAAGGCUACAUCUGGCAUCUCUGCUAUUGAUGUUACUACCGCUCAUUUGGGUUCUGGAGUCAUAAUAAGAAAAGGAUUAAUUCAAAUCUAAAUUGAUGGAACGAAACUUCAUUGCUAUGAGAAUCCAUGGUUCACCUCUCGGGUUUCAGAAUCUGUUGAUAUCUAGUUGGUUACACAGUUCACCUCAAUUUCCCAGGAAGUUUCAAAAUACUACUAGAUCUUUGUUCUUACCCAUUCGACAGAGUAUUUCCAAAGUACUACUAGAUUCCAGGUAUCCUUCCGACUUUAUUGGAAUUUCAAUGUCAAAAGGUCAAUUUGGUCAUGAAUUUAAGAAUGAAGUUCAGAAUUUCUCAUAUGGAUAUAACUUUGAACACCAAAAGACUGAAGAUGUCAUGGAAAGCAGAGUAUGCUUGAAUAACAAGGAGAGGUUGAAAUAUUAUUCAAGGAUGUUGCAUGAAUGUGCAUCAAAACGGUCUUUGGGUGUUGCAAAAGCCAUUCAUGGGCUUGUUGUGAAGAAAAUAAUUAAUCCAGAUUCCCAUUUGUGGGUUUCAUUGGUGAAUGUAUAUGCAAAGUGUGGAUACUCUUCGUAUGCUCGAUUAGUGCUUGCUAAAAUGCCUGAUAGGGAUGUUGUUUCUUGGACGGCAUUAAUUCAAGGUCUUGUAGCAGAAGGAUAUGCUAAUGACAGUAUUUAUUUAUUUCAGGAAAUGCAAAGGGAAGGAAUCAUGCCCAAUGAGUUCACUCUGGCUACUGGAUUAAAAGCAUGUUCUUUGUGUGUGGCUUUAGAACUUGGAAAGCAGAUGCAUGCACAAGCUUUUAAAUUUGGAUUAUUACUAGAUUUGUUUGUUGGAUCUGCACUUGUUGACCUUUAUGCUAAAUGUAACGAGAUGGAACUUGCGUUUAAAAUGUUCUUCAACAUGCCCCAGCAAAAUGCUGUGACAUGGAAUGUGCUACUCAAUGGUUACGCUCAAGGGGGUGAUGGGACAGGAGUCUUGAAGUUAUUUUGUGGUAUGAUGGAAUCAGAUGUGAAGUGUAGCAAAUUCGCUUUAACUACCGUUCUCAAGGGUUGUGCAAACUCCAAAAGUUUGAGACAGGGGCAGGUAGUCCAUUCGUUGAUUAUCAAAUGUGGGUUUGAAGGCGACGAAUUCUUAGGUUGUGGUUUGGUUGAUAUGUACUCAAAGUGUGGGCUUGCAGUUGAUGCAUUAGAAGUCUUUAAGAAGAUUAAGAAGCCUGAUAUAGUGGUUUGGAGUGCCAUGAUUACAUGCCUUGAUCAGCAAGGACAGAGUGAAGAAUCAACCAAGUUAUUUCACCUGAUGAGAUUAAGUGGUACUAGACCAAACCAUUACACUAUUUGCAGCCUUGUAAGUGCUGCUACAAACUUGGGGGACUUGAAAUAUGGCCGAAGCAUCCAUGCUUGUGUUUGGAAAUAUGGAUUUGAAACCAAUGUGUCAGUCAAUAAUGCAUUGGUCACAAUGUACAUGAAAAAUGGAUGUGUGAAUGAGGGUGCAAGGUUGUUUGAAUCCAUGACGGACCGAGAUUUGGUUUCAUGGAACACAUAUUUAUCUAGGUUUCAUGAUUCUGGAAUGUAUGAUCAAGCACUUGCUAUCUUCUGUCACAUGUUAGAGGAAUGGUUUGCACCGAACAUGUAUACUUUUAUUAGUGUUUUGAGAUCGUGUUCUUGUCUUCUAGAUGUGUACUUUGGGAGGCAAGUACAUACCCAUAUAAUAAAAAAUAACCUGGACGAUAAUGAUUUUGUUCAAACAGCUCUUAUUGACAUGUAUGCCAAGUGUAUGUGCUUGGAAGAUGCUGAUUUAGCUUUCAACAGGUUAAGUGCUAGAGAUCUUUUUACUUGGACGGUUAUCAUUACUAGUCAUGCACAGAAAAACCAGGGAGAAAAGGCGUUUAAUUAUUUCAAACAAAUGCAACUAGAAGGUAUAAAGCCAAACGAGUUCACUCUUGCUGGCUGUUUAAGUGGUUGCUCCUCUUUGGCUUCUCUAGAAGGUGGACAACAACUACAUUCCACGGCUUUUAAGAGUGGACACCUAAGUGAUAUGUUUGUCGGUAGUGCGCUUGUUGACACGUACGCAAAAUGCGGUUGUAUGGAAGAAGCUGAGACAUUAUUUGAAGGUUUGAUUCGGCGAGAUACAGUUGCAUGGAACACCAUUAUAUGUGGAUAUUCACAAAAUGGGCAAGGAAAUAAAGCUCUUGAGGCCUUUAUGACGAUGUUAGAUGAAGGCAUAUUGCCUGAUGAGGUCACCUUCAUAGGAAUUCUUUCUGCAUGCAGUCACCAAGGCUUAGUUGAAGAGGGGAAAAAACAUUUUAAUUCUAUGUAUAGAGAUUUUGGUAUUUCUCCUACUGUGGAUCAUUGUGCUUGUAUGGUAGAUAUUCUAGGUCGUGUGGGAAAAUUUGAUGAGCUUGAAGACUUCAUUGAAAAAAUGCAACUAUCACAAUAUGCACUGAUAUGGGAGACUGUCCUUGGAGCUAGUAAAAUGCAUGGCAAUUUGGCAUUUGGUGAGAAAGCUGCAAACAAACUCUUUGAGCUUCAACCAGAGAAGGAGACAAAUUAUAUAUUACUCUCAAAUAUUCUUGCGACCAAAGGAAGGUGGGAUGACGUCAUAAAAGUUAGGACUUUGAUGUCUAGUAAAGGUGUUAAAAAGGAGCCAGGGUGUAGCUGGGUUGAGGAUAAUGGUCAAGCUCAUGUAUUUGUGUCUCAUGAUUGUUCACAUCCACAAAUUCAGGAAAUACAUCUAAAGCUAGAGGAUCUUGAUAGAAAACUGACUUCCUUAGGGUAUGUGCCCAAAACUGAAUAUGUGCUUCAUAAUAUUGGUGAAACAGAGAAAAGGGAAUACCUUCGAUUUCACAGUGAAAGAUUGGCCCUUGCUUUUGCACUUAUAAGUACCAGCACAAUGAGAAAAAUUCGUAUUUUUAAAAAUCUACGUAUUUGUGGAGACUGCCAUGAUGUCAUGAAGCUCAUGUCAAGUAUCACCCAUCGGGAAAUAGUUGUUCGUGAUGUUCAUAGAUUCCACCAUUUUAAGAGUGGUGCUUGCUCAUGUAAUGAUUUCUGGUGAUGUGGCUUAUCUAUCAAAUCUAUCAUGAAGUCUGCUUCUUGUAUUUGAUAUUGAGGAAGCUUGCUCGAGCCUGCUGAAACUUUGUUACUUUAUCCAGGUAAUGAUAGCUGAAACUACAAAUUCUCCUCCAUAUAUGUGGUUUUAUUUAUGGACUUUAAACGAUCUUCAGCCGUUUGGCACACCCCACUCACUCAAAGAUGCUGCAUACUUAUGAAGCAAUUUCCUUUUGAACUGCAAGGUCUCUACAACAAGCUCAGAAGUUCAACUCGGACUCUGAUAUCCUUAAGGUACUACUUCAUGUUUUUCCAACAUGGAUAGUAGAAGCAUUAUGAUUUAUUCUUAUAACUAUACUUUAUAUUGUUAUUAUUGGUCCUUUAUGUGGUUUUAUCCUUUAAGACAUUGGGUGGUUGAAUCUGUUUUUUUUUUCCCCCAAAAGGUAAAGUGGUUUUGUUCUUGUGCAAUGAAAAAAUGAAACUAUAAGUCUUUGAAGAUUAGAGUGAUGAUUAUAGGAUUACUUUCUUGAUGUUUAUUACUCUUGUAAGUUGUAAAUAGAAAGCUAUAAAACACGGACACGGCAAAAAAGGAGAAGUAUCUGUGUCGAACACGGAUAGGUCCGGACACGCUCCGGACACAUGUCCGACACGCAAUUUGAAGUGUCCCAAUAUAUAUAUAUAUUUUUUAUUUCAGACAUGUGGGGACACGGGAGGGACAUGCCAGAUAAAAAAAUGUUGUUUCCUUAGCCCAAUUUUGCAAGCCCAAGAAGUCUAGCUGAAAUCUCACAAACUUAAACUACAACAAAAAAAAAAAACCCUAAAAUGCUACCUUGUGACCCACCCUUCUGUUUGUGAGUUAAAUUAAAUAAGCUCUAUUCUUACUUUUCUUUUUUUUUCCUAAUUUCAUAUGAAUUAAACUAUAGUAGAAUAUGUUUUACUAAAUUAGGAAAUCAAAUUCAAAUCUUCUCUAGGAUUUUUUUAGUGGAUUACAUUUAAUAUUUUUAUGCUUUUUAGUGGGGUACAUCUUCAACCCAAUAAAUUGACUCUGACAUUUAUGCUUUUUAGUGAAGUAUAUUUUCCAUUUUAUGUUAAAUUUACCUAUAUCUUAAAAGAAAUAAUAAAUAAACAACGUAUCCCCAACGUGUCCGUGUCCUAGUUUUUUAGAAAUUGACGUAUCGCCGUGUCCUGUCGUGUCCGUGUCCAUGUCCGUGCUUCUUAGAUAUAAAGAAAAAUGAGAAUUCAAUUUCUAGCUUUGGUCAUAUUGAAUUCUUAGCCAUCGGCUUUACGUGGUUUAGUCUUGCUUCAAUUUAUAGAACUAUCUAGGCUUGUCUUGAUGAGACCUCCAAUUAGCCAUCUUCUUUCUGAUCUUAAUUCUCCUUUGAGAUAUAUUUUGUAAUUUUUCCCUCCCUUUUCCAUUGGAAAUUGGGUUCUGUAGAUUUAGUUGACUGUUUACUUCCUUUUAUAUGAGCAGGCAGGAGGUGUACCAUUGUGAAUUUGAGAUGAAAGGUUCUUUUAUGUCUACUCUCUGUUAUAAAUUUAUUUGAAGUAUUUUUCAGUUAGCUUUUUACCUAUUAAGUCCAAUGUUCUUCUUCAUCUAUCCAGGUGAAAAAGGGAAAAAAAAUAUGUGCAUUUUAUUUCAAAUUUCAUUGGCACAUAUACAAGAAACUAAACCUUUUCUUGUUGCACAACUUGGUGCAAUGGACAUGACACUACACUACUACGAGUUUGGCCUUUAUUAAUCUUCAGUCAAAAGCGUUUGAUGUCAAUUUAAAAUAAAUAUCUCCCUUUAAAUGCAUAACUUUCCUGAAGAACAGUUAAAAGCUAUCAAUUUGUAUAUCCACCGAAUUGAAAUUGUAACCCUGACAAUUUUUACACUUUAUUAAGCGUCAACUUUUCUUCUUUCCUCUUCUUCUUCUUUCCUUUUUUUUUUACUCUGUAAAAAGACUAUAGUUUACUGUUAAUAACCGUCAAUUCUUUUCUCGAUAUUUUCGUAACGCCUUUAAGGUAGAAUCCUCUCUCUGGACAUUUGAAGUUGGAGUGGAGAUUGUUGCUCUCAAAUCUCAACUCUCAAGCACAGAACAGUGGAGUUUAUGCUUUCGAUUACAAAUCUACUACUGGGCAACACUGUCGAUGGUGCUAUCUACUUUAGAGGUUAUUCUGUCCUUCCUCAGUUCCUCGUUUGGUGGUUGAAUAUCUAAUAGGAACGAAAAUCAAAGAGAGAUUUGCUUAAUCUGGAAUUGCUGUCAACCCAAUAAACCACUUGAUAUGGCCACUGGAGAGAAGCAGUGGUCGAGCAAAGAAGAAAGAAACAAGAUGAAUCUCUUUUAGAAGAUGCCUGGACUAAAGGCUGGUGAUAGCCGUAGAGAGCUGAAAUUUUGGUGGAUUGAAACACUUUCAAUUCCUUUGAUGCUUUAGCAAGGAACGGAAAGAACCCAACGGAAUUAUUGUAGAAUCGGACGAUUUGGAAGUCAUUCGUGUCAUCAAUAACGAGGAUACAUCUUUCAGAGGUCUUCCGAUCAAGGAGAUCAGACACAUGGCGACGAGUACGAACUCAAGCAGCUUGAAAUUGCAAGCCGUUUGUUUCCUAGGUAGGAAUCUGGGAUGGUCAUCCAGAUGUCUGUGUUUGUUUGAUAGGAAUAUUGGAUUCUCGGACAUCCUAGAAUAUCGAGGCAUCUAAACACUGUAACAUGGAUUUCAAAGAUUCCCGUGUUGAGGGCAUCUUCUUUUGACAAUUUUGUCCCUCGUCAUUUUUGUUCUAUAAUAUUUUUUCAUCAA